AUGGUAUGCACCAGGGUGGCAUGGGUCAGCAGAUGCCGCACCCGAAUAGUAUGCACAUGCGGAACCCUAUGGGACACCAAAUGCCCACGAUGCAUGCUGGUGGUGUUCGCUCCAGUACCCCUGCCAACAUGCCUGGUCCGUCCACUGGGCCCAUGGUUGCGCCAAGUAUGCAGAUGUCGAAUCGUCUCCGCAACACGCAUGAGAUGGGGCAGGGUACUAAACGGGAAAGCUACAGAUUAUUUAGAUGCGCUUUGGAUGGUUUUUCUGAAGUUGGUUCUUGAAGUAGAAAAUGCUGAGUAUUCCCAUUUGAUGCUCGUUAUAUGGUAGGACUUUACCGAGUUUCAUCUUAGUUUCCAGCUCUUAAUUCUCAUCUCCCUUCACUCCUUCAUCAAAAGUCGCUACUCCAGGUCUUUCCCUGGCGAGCGUGUCAGACAGUCAGCGCGAGCGAACGGAUCGCCGCUCUUCUCGUCCAACUGCUGCUGCACCUGAGGUUCCGCCUGAGACCUGAGACGUUGUUUCCGUCCGCUGACAAACCAGCUGUUGAACCAGCAAAAGAGGAGACCAAGCCGGAAGCUGCUGGAGAAGACUCUCUGCUGGACCGCAUGGAGGCAGCGCCCAAGGAAGACGCCGCUCUUGUCGUGGAUUAAUUAGUGGAAUUUAACCAGUUAGGAUAAGACAACUGAGAAUAUUCAACGAUAUAAGUUCAUCAGAGAAAUUGGCUGUUUACAUUAUUUAGAUCGUGACUACUAGCAAUUCAGUACCUAACGAGAUUGAAGCUCAAGCUUUUCGAUGAUGUGAGAAAACUGAGGCACUUUACGAGUAAUUUUGAGAUUUGAGUGGGAGAAAGUGAGUAUAGAAGUAUCGUUUUGCAUUAUCAACAAGUAAGCUGCAUUCAUUUCGUUUCUGCAGUGAAAAAACGAGGGACAUCGUGACACAUGAGCACAAUCUUGAAAACAUCUGGGAGCGUGAGGACAGCUUUGGACACUCUUCUUACGACAAGCAGGAAAAGACACCAAAGUUAUUUUGUACAUGAGUUACGCCAUAAGAAACCGAACAUCGAAACCCUUGCGCCGUCUGAAGUGCAGCUCUGUAAUGUCGCAAGAUGUCGGGCCGGGGAGG